CGCCAAUCGCACCAUUUUGCAGCGGACGACGACGAUGGCGUUCCAAGCCCCGCGCCUGCUCUCGCGCGUCCGCGCGGCCGGUCGCCAGCUCUCGACGAGCCCGUUCGCGCUCGGGCAAGGCGAGCUCGUCCCUGGCAUCCACGCGAGCGAGUUCGAGGCCCGGCGCCAGCGCGCCUUUGAGCUCAUGCCCCGCGACUCGAUCCUCAUCCUCAAUGCGGCCGAGGAAAAGUACAUGGCCCAUGACAUCCCGUACGACUUUCGCCAGGACUCGCACUUUCUCUACUUGACGGGCCUCGAGGAACCCGAGGCGAUCGCGGUCCUCAAGAAGGACGCGGCCGACGCCACGAGCUUUGUCAUGUUUGUACGCCCGCGCGACGCCCACAGCGAGCAGUGGGACGGGCCGCGUGUCGACGUGCCGUCGGCCAAGGCGUCGUAUGGUGCGGACGACGCGUUCACACUCGACCAGUUUGAGGCCAAGCUCCCGACGCUUGUGUCGCCUGCGACGCAGAUCUGCAUCACGCGCGCGGUCCAGAACAAGUACCCGUCUCGCUUCUUGAACGCGACCCGGCCGCUGCAAGCGACGCACAGCAUCCAGAUGGCCGACAGCCUCAUCGACAUGCUGCGCGUCUUCAAGUCGCCGACCGAAGUCGCUAAGAUGCGCCAUGCGUGCAACAUUGGCGCCGGUGCAUUCGCGAACCUCAUGGCGCAGUCGGCGCCGGGGCAGCUCGAGGUUGGCCUCGCGGGGACGUUCGAGGGCUACUGCCGGCGUCAAGGCUCGCUGCGCAAUGCAUUCCCGUGUGUUGUCGGCGCAGGCAGCAAUGGCGCAGUGAUCCACUACCUCGCCAAGCGAGGUGUACUCCAGCCCGACGAACUUGUCCUGAUGGACUCGGGCUGCGAAGUCACGGGCAACUACGUCAGCGACAUCACGCGCACGUGGCCGACGACAGGUCGCUUCACGCCGCCGCAACUGGACUUGUAUGCGCUCAUCCUCGACGUCCAGCUGCAGUGCUUGGAGCGCCUGCGCACCAAGAUGGAGCACAAAGAGUCCUUGUCGCUCGACGAACUCCACCUCUUCUCGGUCGGAUUGCUCGUGGACGGCAUGCAAGAGUUUGGCAUUCUGCCGCGGCACUUGGCGAAAGGCUCCUCGGCCCUCGACAUGGCCUUCCGCAAGUACAACCCGACGCACUUGGGCCACUACUUGGGCAUGGACGUGCAUGACACGCCAACGUACGCGCGGUCGCACCCGCUCCAGCCCGGCAUGAUCAUCACGAUCGAGCCGGGUAUCUACCUCCCGCAGAACGACGAGAGCAUUCCGGCUGCAUACCGCGGCAUUGGCAUCCGCAUCGAAGACGACGUCUUGAUCACGGAAUCCGGGAUCGAUAUCCUCACACAGUCGAUCCCCAAAACCGUCUCGGACCUCGCGUCGUUCAUUGGGAGCGCGCCCGCGGCGAUCUAACACGACAUAGAAGUACCGUAGUUAGUCGAGUAAGUAGUGAGUCGAUUGAGUGCAUGCGUCCAAGAUGACCGUUCGCCG